GGCUGCGCUGAUACAGAACCACUUAGCUGUGAUUAAAAGGAGGGGACCGGGCGGGGCCUGAGGCGCGGGCGGCGACAGGGCGCGGACUGCGCGGCGCUCAGUGCCAGCCUGCUGAGCGGCAUGCACACGGGAGCGAGGACCAGCUUGCUGCACCGACGCCGCGGGGACGCCUGACCAGACAGACAGGUGGCAGGGACCGCAGGCACGAGGGAGGAGGCGCAGCCGGGGACAGUCCCCGCAGACCGCGCCUCGGCGACAGCGCCAUGGACGGCCUGGAUAACGCCACCCUGCUCUUGGACGCGUCCUCGCUGCUGCCGGACAACUUCACCCUGUCGCCCAACGCCAGCAGCCCGAGCCCCGGCACCCUCUCUCCUCUCGAUGUUGCCUCCAGCCCAGGCUCCGGGUUCAGCCUCGCUCCCAGUCCGAGCAUGGGCUUCAGCCCCGGGCCCACCCGGGUCCCGGAGCCCACAAGCAGCAGCAGCCUCGAGGGAGGAAUGGCAGGCCAGGGCUCCUCCACCUUCCCCCGGCCCUGGGUCCCCCACGAGCCCCCGUUCUGGGACACACCGCUCAACCACGGUCUGAACGUGUUCGUGGGAGCCGCCUUGUGCAUCACCAUGCUGGGUCUGGGAUGCACCGUGGACGUGAACCACUUCGGGGCACACGUCCGGCGGCCCGUGGGCGCGCUGCUGGCCGCGCUCUGCCAGUUCGGCUUCCUGCCGCUGCUGGCCUUCUUGCUGGCCCUCGCCUUCAAGCUGGAUGAGGUGGCCGCUGUGGCUGUACUCCUAUGUGGUUGCUGUCCCGGGGGAAAUCUCUCCAACCUUAUGUCUCUGCUGGUGGACGGUGACAUGAACCUCAGCAUCAUCAUGACCAUUUCCUCCACGCUUCUGGCCCUGGUGUUGAUGCCUCUCUGCCUCUGGAUCUACAGCCGGGCUUGGAUCAAUACCCCUCUGGUGCAGUUGCUCCCGCUAGGGGCAGUCACCCUGACUCUCUGCAGCACUCUCAUUCCUAUUGGACUGGGCGUCUUCAUUCGCUACAAAUACAAUCGCGUGGCUGACUACAUCGUGAAGGUUUCCCUGUGGUCUCUGUUAGUGACUCUGGUGAUUCUUUUCAUAAUGACUGGCACCAUGUUGGGACCUGAACUGCUGGCUAGCAUCCCGGCAGCUGUUUAUGUGGUCGCCAUUUUUAUGCCUCUGGCAGGCUAUGCCUCGGGCUAUGGUUUAGCUACUCUGUUCCAUCUUCCACCCAACUGCAAGAGGACUGUAUGUCUGGAAACAGGAAGUCAGAAUGUGCAACUCUGUACUGCCAUCCUCAAACUAGCCUUCCCACCACGCUUCAUAGGAAGUAUGUACAUGUUUCCGCUGCUUUAUGCCCUUUUCCAGUCUGCAGAAGCAGGGGUUUUGGUUUUGAUAUACAAAAUGUACGGAACUGAGAUACUGCACAAGCGAGACUCCCUAGAUGAAGACGAAGACACGGAUAUUUCUUAUAAGAAACUGAAAGAGGAGGAAAUGGCAGACACCUCCUAUGGCACAUUGGGAGCAGAUGACUUAGUAAUGAUGGAAACUACCCAGACCUCCCUCUGAACGUGGAGAUACGCAGGAGCCUCCAUUCGACUGAUUUAUCAUUUGCCAUUUAUGACCUGUGGUAGCACAUAUGAUUCACUUCCAGGAUAAAGAUGGCUUCACAUUUCGAGUAUCAGAUGUGAUCUUCCCGCUGUAAUAUUGUAUCUCAGUAUUAACCAUGUGUUUUUACAACUCACCAGUGUUCCAACUUUGCUUGCACCUGGGUCAGCCAAAGUGCACCUCUGAUGGUUAAGUGCACUGUUGGGCUUUGGCCAUUUCCACCGCCGUCGCUACAGAUAGGCACUGUAUUAGAAAAAUGGGGUUGGAAAUAUAGAUGUCUGGUGCAUAUCUGAGUAAAAUAGUAAAACAAAAACAUGUGUUUGCUCAACUUACAAACACCUCCUGAUGUUUUGUCUCAAAACAGGUCACUGAAACUGUAAAAAUUGUCAAGCCACCAUCAAACCAGAGAAAAUCACAUCCAUGUGAUUGAUCUAGUAUCUAUGUGUUGUUAAUAAUGACCUCCAACGUUUUCUGGAGAUGAAGGCAUUUGUUUUUCAUCCAUUUCCUGCAUUUGCAUAAACACAUCUCAAAUCCA